GCGGCGCACUCGGCCCGGCAUGUCCCCGGCGGCCGAGCCCGGGAGCCGCCCGGUGGCCGCGUCCCGGCCAUGGUGCUCCUGCUGGACGCCGACUUCGACCUCCGCCGGGACGCGCUCCCGUGGCUGCGCGCGCGCUCGGCGGCUGCAGGAGGCGGCGGCGCAGGUGCGGGAGGUGCGGGAGUGUGUGACAAUGAUUAUGAGAGCUUACAUGUACUAAAUGUUGAAAGAAAUGGAAAUAUUAUUUAUACCUAUAAGGACAAUAAGGGAAAUAUCUUCUUUGGAUUAUAUGAUUGUGAAACCAGACAAAAUGAGCAUCUUUAUACUUUUGAGAAAGACUUGCAGGUUGUCAGCUGCUCUGUCAACAGGGAGAGAACUUUGCUUGCUGCAAGUUUCACUCAGUCCACCAAAGAAGGGAGAAAGAAUGAGCUUGAACCAGGAUCAAAUUGCUUAACUUUACUGGUUGAAAUCUGUCCCAUUAAUAAUGUCAAGGUUCUUAAAGCAGUGGAUAACCGUAUUUGGGUACAGUUCCUUUAUCCACAUGUGGAAAAUCAUCUUUCAGAGAACCAUCUGUUAGUGAUUUCAGAAGAGAAGUAUGUUGAACAAUUUCAUAUUCAAGUCCAAGAAGAUGGAAAUAGAGUGGUUGUUAAAAAUUCUGCCCAUCUCCCAAGAGAGAGAGUAGCUGAGGAUUUUGUUUGGGCUCAGUGGGAUAUGUCGGAGCAGAGAUUAUACUACAUUGACCAGAAGAAAUCAAGAAGUGUCUUGAAAUGCAUUCAGUUUUAUGCUAAUGAGAACUUUAAUUUAAUGUUUGAAGCACCCUUGGACAUAUCAUUAAGUGACUCAGGAUUCAAACUAGUCAACUUUGGAUGUAAUGAUCUUCAAGACCAAGACAAAUUAUCUGAACAUUGGAACCUUCGUGUUUUUACCAACCAUACAGGAAGCUUAUGUGUAUGUUACAGCCCAAAGUUUGACUCUUGGGAACAAAUCACGUAUUCACUAUUUUACUUUCAUAAAGGGCAUAGUAAGACCUUCACGGUGGCUCUUGGGAAUGCUGACUCACAGGUGACAAAGGGCAUUACUUUUCUCAAUCUUGACUAUUAUGUGGCGGUUUACUUACCCGGUCAUUUCUUUCAUUUGCUUAACAUUCAGCAUCCAGACCUGGUGUGCCACAGUCUGUUUCUGACAGGAAACAAUGCUGCGAUUGAUAAGUUACCUCAUAGUUUUCUACAGUCCCUGUCAACGUCCCUGGUCUUGGAUUGCUCCUCUGGGAAGCUGUGUAGAGUGCUGCUCGAUCAGUCAUAUUUAUUACAGUUCCUAUGGAAUGCUCAGCUCGACUGUGAGAAGGUGGCCACGUUGCACUGUGUGCUCUCAUGUGGCCGAGAUGCACAGCUCCUGGAAACCAAGAUCGUCCGGUGGAUUUCUGAGAAUGUCUCUGUCUGCCAUUCCUUCGACCUCCUUCAGGAAUUCAUAAUUGCAUCUUCCUACUGGAGCAUUUACCCAGAGACCAGUAACAUGGACCAGCUGUUGCCAUAUUCCUCCGUGCUCAUGUGGAAUACAGAAAUUCCUGGAAUAACUGUUGUGACAGAGGAAAUUGCGUUGCCUCUUAUGAAGGUGCACAGUUUUAAGGGCUACUGGGAAAAACUGAACUCCAAUAUGGAAUAUGUAAAGUACUCUGAGCCACACCUCCACUAUCACAACGAUGUGGUCUGGAAAGAGUGGCUCAAUCUGAUCUCAGAAGAGAAAACAGGAAAAAGAAGGUCUGUGGCCUAUGUACGGAAUAUUGUUGAUAAUGCAAUGAAGGUGAUUUCUAACCUAGAAGCAAGAAAUUUGGAGCCAAGAUUCAUACCCCUCUUCCAGGAGGAGGACAAACACCAGAGGCUGCUCAUAGGACUGAUGGUGUCUGAGUUAAAAGACCAUCUUUUACGACACCUACUGGGUAUAGAAAAGAAAAAAAUAGAACAAAUGGUUCUUGACUACAUUGCAAAAAUGCUGGAUCUCGUUUGCCAGAUACUGGAAGCCAGCUGGAGAAAACACAAUCUUCAUCCCUGGAUUUUCCACCCCAACAAGAAGGCUUGUGCUGCCGAGUUUGCAGUCUUUCGCCUCAUGACCCGGAUUUUGGAAGCUACUCACAGCUUGUUUCUACCUCUGCCCCCUGGUUUUCACACUCUGCACACCAUCCUGGGUGUCCACUGCCUCCCUCUGCACAACCUGCUGCAUUACGUCGAUCAUGGUGUGUUGCGCCUCACAGAGACCGCUGUCACCAGGCUCAUGAAGGAUUUGGACAAUACAGAAAAAAACGAAAAAUUGAAAUUCAGUAUCAUUGUGCGGCUCCCUCCGCUUAUUGGUCAGAAGAUCUGUCGGCUUUGGGAUCAUCCUUUGAGUUCUAACAUUAUUUCACGGAACCAUGUGAAGCGACUGCUUCAGCACUACAAGAAGCAGCCAUGGAGUUCUCUGAUUGACAAGUCAUCCCAUAGUAUAGAAUUUCUGCCUCUGAAUUACUUCAUUGAAAUACUGACAGAUAUUGAAACUUCCAAUCAAGUUCCAUAUUCUUUUGAAGGCCAUGACAAUGUGGAUGCAAAGUUUGUAGAGGAAGCGGCUCUGAAACAUACCACAAUGCUCUUAGGCUUGUGAAAGAGGAAAUGCAAUUCGAUAGGCUGCCAGUAUUUCAGUCUUCCCUGGCCAUCUGUAUUUCAGUUUGGUGCUUGUUCAUACAGAAUUCAUAUAGCUUGUCCUAAUUUUGAAUAGCAGAUGAGCAGUUAAGUGUAAAGAAAUGACCAACAGUCUCAGGAAGCAUGCUAGGGACUAACUGACAUUUGGUGUAGCAGCUUCUCAGUCCCAGAACUAGUUUCUCUCGCACUCUGAAAUAGCAUAUGCUUUAAAAAUGUAGGGGUGACCAGGGAGAUAGCAUUUGCCUCUCAGAUGGGUUUCUUCUCCAGUAUCACAAAAAAAGAAAGAAAAAAGAAAAAUACAACGUGGGGAAUGGUGUUCAGAAAAGCAAAAAUUAGACAUGUCAUUGGAAAUAACAUUUACAAGUACGAAAAAUAUUGCAUAAAAACCGUGUGGAGAGAGAAUGUAUUUGGACAAACUGAAUUUGGAUUGAGCCAAACCUGCUGUUUCCAGUGCAGAAUUACUGGUAACAUCCAGGAGCUUACAUGUGAAGUGCUGAAAGUAGGGGGUUUGUCUUUGUGAUGGUUCAGAUGGAACUGUAUUUAAUUUUUUUAAGUUUAAAAAUAUUUAUGAAAACUUAAAGUAUCUUGUAAUUAAAAAAACUGUUAACUUUGA